UGGGUUGCAGUUGAAAAAUGUUUCGUACUAUUUUUGUGAUUGGUUUUUUAUCUUUGAUACUGGUUUUUGGCCAGGAUAUAGUGACCGAUAGUCCUGAAAAGCAGCAGGAAAUGCAUGCAUUUUUCAAAACGAUCAGGGGGCAAUGUGCGGAUGAGAACUUGAUUCCAUAUGUCAAAACGUUGGCGGUCGUUGCUCUGUUGAGCCUCAGUUUGUGUACUAUAAAGGCCCUGCAGGAUCAUGCCAAGGAUAAUGGCGACAUAUUCAUUAUAAACUAUGACAGUUUCGAUGGCGAUGUGGAUGAUAUAUCCACUACGACAAUAGCCCCCAGGGCAGCUGAUUAUGUGGAUUUUGAUGAAGUCAUGCACUACUGCAAUGCAAGUUUUAUCACACCAAUGUCGAAUGUCCUGCAGUUCAAUACCACUGGGGCUCUGCCAGAUGAGAAUGAUAAAACGAGCAUGUGCUAUUUCCAUUGCUUCUUUGAAAAAGCCGGCCUAAUGGAUAACUAUAAACUAAAUGCGGAUCUUGUGCGCAAAUAUGUUUGGCCAGCCACUGGAGAUUCCAUCGAAGUCUGCGAGAAUGAGGGAAAGGACGUAACGAAUUCCUGUGGGAGAGGCUUUGCCAUCAUCAAGUGCGUUGUCCUACGCGCUCUCACAGAUGCCAGGAACAAUCCCGUUGUGUAAUAUACUCGUUUUUGGGUAUAAAAUUACAAAUUAUUUGUAUUAAAUGGCUAAAUAUUGCUAUGGCCGUGCACAGAAGCUCACUAUAAAACUACGUAAAAAGCAUAAA